CUUUCGACGACAUGCCAAAACGCGUACAGUUCGCAGCGACCAACAGAGUUUACUCACCGAUCCCGACGACGCCCUCACCCUCAGUCUCAUCGUCGUCCCUCCCGUCGUCGCCAGACAUCUCGACACCGCCCCCAGAGUUCGAAGAUGACCAGUCGGCGACCUACCCACGCUCGCCAUACCCCCAGCCCUACGAGCUGUACGCCCCAGAGCCCGUCGUAGAGAUCAAGGAGAUGGAGAUUCAUUGUUGCCUGGCGUAUGGUCCCUUCUCAGAGCCUCAAAUCUCCCAUGAUUUGUCGCUGCCGCCAGUCUUCUACCACGACCAGCUCGACCCACCGCCUCUGAAGGAACCAGCAACGAACCCACCGCUACAGUAUCUCACCAUAAUCUGCCCCGAAUACCUCAAAUGGGAGAUCGUGGUCAAGGCAUCAUCGCCGUACCCCGGGUCCUGCGUAACCGUCGAAGAUUGUCUCAACGCCAUUUACCACGACCUGCGGCUCCCCGUCAACCACCUCGAAUACGAGCUCCUUGGCCCAGGCAAGGCACGAGUCGACGCGGCAUACUUUGCUCGGCUCAACCGCAUCCCCGAUCCCCAGCACCGCGAGAUGGAAGCAGCGAAGGGUGUCAAGAGAAUCGACUUUUUGAUGGGUCGAAACCGCUUCAUGGGCCUGUCGCUCACGCACAAGGGUCCAGAUACCUGGGAACUCAACGUUUCAUGAUGACCGACUCCAACCCUCGCCGGAGCUUGACCUCCUUUACAAAGUCGAACGCCGACCGCCUUCGACGCUGCACGCAAACGGGCCCUCGACAACCCAGGGACGCCGUCGUGCAUUUCAGACCCCAACCCAGGGUCUUUUUGUGGCGCCCGAGGAUGAUGUGUGUUUCGGGCUUACUCUGAUUAUUGGAUACGCUAUCUUAUCUUUCAUUAUUGCUAAUAUUGCGAUAGUUGGCUUCAUAUCCUCCCACCACACACGUAUAGAGCACCAUCCACUCCCCUUCCCAUACCCUACUCACUUCUCCCACUCGACCUGUUCCUUUUGCCCAUAACCCUACCCCUUAUGCGUUCGGUUGUAGUUCGGGACUAACUUCGAAAAGUAGCUACUGUAUGGAUCUCAGGCCUUGACGGUCCGUCCCGCCGUUGCUUUCUUUCUAGUAGUGUAAUUCCUUCGCUGUUCGACGCACUUGCUUUGUUAGCGUAGUUUCUUGGAAGCUCGCACAUUAUGUUCUUGGUCAUGUUUCGAAUGAUUCGAUAUCCUUCGAGAAUCAGACA